GUAGAGUAUGGUAGGUCUCACUACUGUUCUUGCAAUUUCUAUUUCUAUGAUUUUUGGCUUUUUUUUCUAUUUUAUUAGAUGAUUUAUCAACUGUUUUUAGUUUUUUUUAUAUCCCACUCUCAUCUGCUAUUACUAUCUAUUAUUGCCCUUGGAUAUUCAUAUUAUUUCACUUGUUCAAUUUGUUUUCCUUGAAUUCGAAUAUUUUGUACUUCAUCUUCAUUAUUUCCUAGUUUUAUUGGUAUCAAAUAUCUUAUUCCUUUGUUUAAUUAUAAAUAAAUAUAUAAUACCAAAAGAAAGAGGAACUAAAUUUGAUUUAUAUGACAUAACAAACGAAUCCCAAAACAUAAUCACCUUGAAAUAAAUUAUAUCGUUUUUCUAUUCGUCAGAUGUGUGAAUACGCAUUCGCACAACGUGGAUGUCUGGUAACAUUCUAAACUUGUUUCAAGAGUUUAAAAAUAGUUGGCCAUAAAGAGUUACCGCAGUUAUUUAUGUAUCGUUUUUAGAAUAGUGAGCUGGUUUACUAUAAUUAAAUUGUGUUCUCGCUUACGGCACAAGGUUAUAAUGUGAAGUUUUAGGUAUUACCGUUCUGUUCUGCUUUGUAGUGUCUGGGACUGCUAUCGAGAUCAUUAGGAAGUCAAAUUUCUAGAGACUGUAAACCUAUUGCAGUUAUCAUGACCAAGGUACCAACGGUUAAGUUUAACAAUGGUCAAGAAUUUCCCAUUUAUGGCCUUGGAACAUGGAAAUCUGCUCCUGGAGCAGUUACUCAAGCAGUUAAAGAUGCCAUCGAUAUUGGUUACCCUCAUAUCGACUGUGCUCAUAUUUAUGGAAAUGAAGCCGAAGUUGGUGAAGGUUUGAAAGCUAAAUUCAACGAUGGAACGGUGAAACGUAAAGAUAUAUACAUUACCAGUAAAUUAUGGAACACAAUGCAUAGACCAGAUUUAGUAGAAUCUGCCAUUCGUACCACAUUGAAAAAUCUGGGUUUGGAAUAUUUGGAUCUUUACUUAAUUCAUUGGCCGUUUGCCCUGAAGGAAGGUGACGAUUUAUUUCCCAAAAAUAGCGAUGGUACAACUGCUUACAGCGAUGUUGACUACGUUGAUACGUGGAAAGCAAUGGAAGACUUGGUUAAGAAAGGACUCACUAAGUCAAUUGGUAUUUCUAACUUCAAUAAACGUCAGACUGAACGCAUUUUGGAAAAUUGCUCUAUUAAACCUGUUACAAAUCAAAUUGAAGUUCAUCCCUACCUCAACCAACAAAAACUUAUCGAUUAUCUCAAAUCUAAAGAUAUUGUGGUAACGGCUUAUAGUCCAUUGGGUUCACCUGACAGGCCAUGGGCUAAACCGGAUGACCCUCAGCUGUUGCAGGACCCGAAAAUAAAAAAUAUCGCCGACAAAUAUAAAAAAACUACAGCUCAAAUUCUACUAAGAUAUGGUGUUCAAAGAAAUUUGAUCGUUAUUCCAAAAUCCGUCACUAAAUCUAGAAUUGAAGAAAACUUCAACAUCUGGGACUUUUGUUUGAGUGAUGAAGAUAUGGAGCUUUUGAAUGGUUUUGAUUGUAAAGGAAGAUUUUGCCCAUUCACAGAUGCUAUCACACACAAGGAUCAUCCUUUUGCCAAUGACGAAUACUAAGAGCAUCUGAAUAUAUAAAUAUAAUGAGUGAAAAUUCAACUGAUCGGUAUUUCUUUAUAAUUGUGAUGUAUUUUUAAUUGUUCAAAUAAAAUAUAUUUUAAUCUA